CAACUCAGUACACUCCGCUUUGGUUCCGAAGACAACCAAGAUGCAUAUCAAAAUAUAUCUUUUAGCAUUGCUUUGUUACGUUUGUUGCACUAAUGCUAAUCUGGAAGGUCCGUUUUUGUUCUUUGGGCCAAAAUCUUUGGAGAAAUACCGUCGGCCAGCGUUGAAGUACUUAGAACAAGAUGACUUGAUGAAAAUUUAUGAAGAGCAAGCUGCCAUAGUGGUGUUUAAUAAUCAGGACAGUGUGCCUCUGUCUAGUGGCUGUUUCCCGAGACUAAGAAAGAUGUUGGAAGGUCAGACCAUGUUGGUGCUGCCUCAGGAUUUCUUGGAUGUGCAUCCAGAUUACAUCAGCAAUGAAACUCAGAUGCUGACGCUGCAGGGCCCGUGGUCCGAGCGCGACGCGCAGAUGACGGAGACCUUCGCGCGGCUGCACGACAUCUACGGCGAGGGGCGCGUGCUCGGCAUACUCGGGAACUCGGUGUCCCAACCGGCGGCGGUGGAGGAGGCGGCGGGCGAGUGGGCGCGCGCGCGUCGCCAGGCCUCCGCGCCGGGCGACGAGGACGACGUCGCCGACGACAGGGCCGCCGGCGGCCGCGCGCUCCCCAAAUACGCACUGUACAACGCCAGCAGUCCGCCGGGCAAAGGCGCGCUGCUGUACUCCUCCGGCUGGCCCGAAGUGCGCUGGCCCGACGGCGCGGUGGCAGUGCUGAGCACUCCCGUGGGGGAGCCCACGGUCAAGACAACUCGACUUUACACUUUUCUCGUCGUGCGGUUCGCCGAUGGCAACAGCACUUACAAGACAACUCUGGACUUCUCGUUCAAACAGUCCCAGGGCUGGUGGAUAGCCUCAGGUGUGGAGGUAAAACGAGGGCUGGAAAUGGAAGGUCUCAACCUGCAGGCUCCCGCGCCCCCCGACACGCCCUCCGCAGUUCUCGGCAAGGCCUAUCACUGCUCCCUGCCUCUUGUGUAUACCUCCAAAGAUGGAGGCAGUUUGACUCUACCUGACAUACGAAUGCAGAUGUUCAUGGACAGCACUGAGAAAUUUUCAGACGCCUUUGACUGUAUUGGAUUCACCACCGUUCCCAUAUGGUCGGGUCUGAUGAUAGCGUUUCUUAUGCUGAUGGUGCUUGGCGUGUCCGUCACGAUGAUCAUGGGUAUCAAGACCAUGGACCGCUUCGAGAACACCCGAGGCAAGCAACUCACGAUUACCGUCAGCGAAUAAACGCUCAACGCGCGAGAAGUAUUAUUUUCUUUCUUUUACGGUGCCGUCUUCUCAACAAGUUCGGCAAUAACCGUAAGAAACAUUACACAAGAGUAAUUAAUAUUUCGAAUUUGUUUGUGCAACUUAUUAGUACCUCUAUUAUAAUAAGUUUCAGGGUUUAUUUCCGUGAAAGAUUUCCUUGUUCAUGUCAUCGCUGUACCUGUACAAGAAGCUGAAUCUUGGAGCACCAUUGUGCCAUAUGCUCUUCAUAGAGGGGACGCAUGCUCUGUAGUGGCACGUAUUGUAUGAGCGUGAUGCAAUCAACUCAAUUUCCAAUUCAUUUAUUUCACUGGGAUUUGCCUUGCGACAUAUAAAGUUUUUAUAAUUUUCAUGUAGACUCCGAUGCAACAAUUCGUUCACAAUAAUAAAUUUGACAUAUCUUGUUUAGUUUAAAAUUAUGAAUUGUAUGUGUAACCAAGUACCUUUGUCUGAAGUUUUAGUCGUUUGUAAAUAUUCUAUAUUCUAAUUCUAAUAUUCUAAUAAAAGGAAACCCAGCGCAUGUCUCAUAUACAUAUCCAAUCAUAGUUAUUCUAUUAGAUGUUUGUGAUAACAAAUUGUAUUCUGCUUGG